CAGAGCAGCCGAGUCAUCGAUGUCAGCAGGCGACAGCGGCGAGCGCCGAAUCCUCGAGUCCGCCCGGAAAAGGGGCCAGGCCGGGCCGGGCCAAUCAGGGCCGGGGGCCGGCGGGGUUGUGGAGGGGGGAGUUUGGACUUGGGAGCUUUCUAAACGUAGUGUAACAUUUCAAUGGCUACCCAGAUGACUGAUGGUCAUCGACGGUUCCUGCAGGUGCUGAUGUCUCAUGGAAUAAUGGAAGGGUCGGUGGCUAGAACAUUACACAGGGACUGCUGUGAAAUCCAUAAAGUCUACUAUGCUCAUGAUAAGCUGGAUGACUUCAUCAAUGUCGUUAACAUCCAUCUGCAGCCUUUCUUUAUGCAGAUCCGGAAAGGAAUGUCUGAAGAUGAUGGGAAAACAUAUUACGCAUUGGUGAAUCUGGCAGAAACUGAAAUAACUAAGAUGGCAUCUGACUAUACAGAAAAUGAGUUAGAAUUGUUCAGAAAAACUGUAAGUACUAUGGAUGCGAUCAUCGUAUCAGAAAAUGGCUUUGCAUCUUCCACAAAUAUUUUAAACCUGGCUGACCAACUUAAAAUAAAGAAAAUGAAGAAAAAGGAAGCAGAGCAAGUGCUGCAAAAUUUGGUGCAGGAUAAGUGGCUCUCUGAACGAGAUGGGGAGUACACCUUGCACACUCGCUGCAUAAUGGAGAUGGAGCAAUACAUCCUCAGCAACUACCAAGACUUGGUGAGGAAAUGUAACAUCUGUCACAGCCUCGCCAUUCAGAGUCAAGUAUGUGAAACCUGUGGAAUUGGAAUGCACUUGCCUUGUGCUGGAAAAUAUUUCAAAGCUCAGAUGGAACCACACUGUCCCCACUGUAAUGAGUUUUGGCCACAUGAGAUUCCAGAGAUAAAUCGGCCAGAUUCCCAGUUGCCUUCAAGUGCCCCGAGGGAGAGGAGAGGAACCUCAUCCUCAGGAACAAGGCGGCGUUAGAAAGACCAGCUUCAGUUAAAGCAGCCAUUUUCUUUCACUGUUUUACAGAUGAGCCCAAUUGCAGUUUACUUCAGCGUUAGUGUAAAAUGUGUCAUUCUGAAAGUAGGAAUGCCCAGGGAACAAAGUCAAUUUUCUUUUUAUGGUUUGUUUAUACUUUGCUAAAACCUUGCUAGAAGUUUGAAAAUAAAACUGUUCUGACCUUG